CCGCCCCAUCUUCCGCGGCCCCCGGCAUCGAAGAGAGUCCCAUGAAUGACAAAUUCCGGUGCGGUGCGUUCCUUUUCCGAUUGGGGUUCUAGCAGUGCGGGUCUUUGUGAACGAUGAACACAUGCUUCGGCAAGGUUGUAGUCUUUAUUUCCCGCUGGAGAGCCACGGGCGUGGAUGGUGGGAUGCAUAAAUGCAUAGGCGAACCCCAUCCGGCAUUCAUUUCGGAUCGGGUGACGUCUCUUCCACUUUUCGAUGCCACAUCCUUGCGGAGACGUGCUCGGGGCGUGGUAGCUGCAGAAAGGAUAUUAGGCGUUGCCGUCGAACGUGUGCGGUCCCGGUUGCCAUGUUCCGUAUACGGGGACAUUUCAGUGAAUCAGUGGGAAAGGUCGGCGUUUUUGCCAGGGAUUUGGGUGGAUUUUGCGUUCCUCUUAAUUAGUCCAUCUCCUUCGGUUCGUCCACCUGUAUUUCAUUGCUCCCUCGCCCAGGGGAACGGCAACGGGAGCCAACGGUGGAUCUCAUGGCACCGCUGUGCCCCUCAAGCCGGCCUUGGGAGGCGUAACCAACUUCGUCCCCUGUUUUUUGUCUUAUUUUCUCUCUCUCGAUUGGAGACGCGGGUAGGGAUGUUCGCUAUGAUAGGCAGCCAUUAGAUCAUGGACAUUUGCAUUGGAGGUGGGCGAUAGGAAGGGGAGUUGUCGAAAAAGUUUGGGAAGCAUGACUAGGCGCUUAGGAGAGGCACGGUUUUGGUGAAGGCAAACCCCCCGGCGGUUACAUGGGCUUUGGGAGGACUCCUGUCUGGUAUGCAAAUGAUGGAAUGAUUCCAAGAGUCAUCUCAGCUCAUAUUUUUUUUUC